AUGCCUGCUCCUCCACCUCCCCCUCCUCCUCCGCCGCCGCCGCCGCCUCCUCCCCCAGGAGGUGCUGGUGGCCCUCCUCCUCCACCUCCACUCCCAGGCAACUCCUUGCCUUCGGCGCCGCCGAAAUCUGCUAUGAAAGGAAGGGAUGCACUACUUGGUGACAUCACCAAAGGAACAAGACUGAAGAAAGCUGUCACCAAUGAUCGUUCUGCACCACAAAUUGGCGGUUCUUCUGGAGGAGGUGGUGGUGGUGGGCCUAUCGCUGGCGCACCACCUGUUCCAGGACUGAGACCACCCGGAGGACUCGCUCCACCAGUUCCUGGAGGUGGUUCGAGUCGAGGGCGCAGCAACAGUGACAGUGGUGGUGCAGAUGGUGGGUCUGGUGCCUCAAAUAUGGCGGGUGCGCCUCAAUUAGGAGGAUUGUUUUCGGGAGGAAUGCCAAAGCUUAGAAAGACUCGAGGCGGAAUAGCCACAGGUGCUGAUGAAGGGCCACACUCGGAUUCCGAGGCGACAGCACCACGACCUCGAGUCCCUUCCACUUCAGCGCCUCACCCGCCAACAAUAGCGGCUCCUCCUGUGCCUGGUUUCCGACCACCGUUGCCAGGAUCCAGCGAUUCGAGUCUAUCAACGUCAAGUCCUCUUGCUGGUCCCAAGAAGGUGCCUCCCAGACCGACGUCAAAGCCUUCAAGCAUUGCAAAUCUCGCUGCUGGAAAACCACCUCCACCUCCACCGUCGUUGAGAAAGGUCAGCAUGGGAAAUUCGCCGCCUGCUCCCCCUCCACCACCACCACUAUUCUCUACUAGCCCUGCUCCCCCAGCUCCUCCGCCACCGCCACCUCCAUCAAACAGCACCGCUCCCGCUGCACCACCACCGCCCCCUCCACCACCAUCGAUGGCUAACUAUGCUCCUCCGCCCGCUCCUCCUCCUCCCCCGCCUCCUAGUAUAUCAGCACCACACGCCCCUGCACCUCCGCCUCCAAGCAUAUUAGCGCCCGGCGCACCUCCUCCACCCCCACCUCCUAUGCCUGGUCCAUCUGCACCCAGUUCGAGGGCGCCAGCGCCUCCUCCUCCUCCCCCGGGCCCUCCACCACCUCCACUGUCCCCGCCUACAAAUGGCUCUUCUGGAAUGGCAUUGAGGGCCGCAACCGCUGCGUAUGGGAGACAGUCCUCUUAUUCAGCGAGUGACGCGCCUCCUUCCCCUACCUCACCACUAUCGCCGCCUGCAUCUCGAAGAAUGUCGCAACUACCUUCAAGGGCGCCUCUUGAUGCUAGCUCGUAUACAUUGACCAAUGGUAGUGGUUUCGGAUCACCUGGACGAGCCGGGUCCAACAAAGUGGAAGACAACCGUUGGAGGUUUCAGGAUGACAGUCAGCUCCCUCCGCCGCGACAAUUUACUGGUAUUUCAAAAAGGUAUCGAGCUGGAAGGGGGAGUAGUGUUCCGCUAGACCUUGCAAGUCUUGAGUGA